ACAGUGACAGUGACACAGUGACAGUGACGCAGUGACACAGUGACAGUGACACAGUGACAGUGACACAGUGACACUGACGGUGUCCCCAAUGUCCCCGCAGGUGACAGAGUACCGUGUCCCCGUCCCCCGCCCCCUGGGCCGCCUGUUGCUGCUCCGGGUGCACAAGGGGCCCUGCGGGGGCCUCCCCGAGAGCUCCUGGUACCUGGAGAGCGUCACCGUGUGGGAACAGCGCGGGGACACCCCCGGCGACACCCCCGGGGACACCCCUGGGGACACCCCCGACACCCCCGACACCUCCGACAGCGAGGACAGCGCUGGGGACAGCGAGGAGGAGGAGGAGGAGGAGGAGGAGGAGGAAGGUGACAGCGAGGAAGAGGAAGGUGACAGCGAGGAGGAGGAGGAAGGUGACAGCGAGGGGACGGGUGACACCGAGGAGGAGGAGGAGGAGGAGGAGGAGGAGGAGGAGCCCGAGGACAGUGAGGGUGACACCGAGGACAGCGAGGGUGACACCGAGGACGGCGAGGGUGACACCGGCACUGCCGCCACAGGUGACCCCGGUGACGCCGCCGCUCUCCUGGGCCCCUUCCACUUCCCCUGCUACCGCUGGCUGCAGGGCUACGGCACCUGGGAGCUGCCCGAGGGCACAGCCCGGACGCCGGCCAUGGAGCGACACCCGCGGCUGCAGCGGCAGCGCCGCCGGUACCUGGUGCAGCAGCGGCGGCGCUACAGGCUGGCUCCCUUUGCCCCGGGCCUGCCCUGGGCUCUGCCCCAGGGGACGCCGCUGGAGCCCGACCUCAGCUACUCGCUGGCCAAGGCCUCGGCCUUCUACCUGCGGGGCAGCGCGAUUUCGGGGAUCCCAAAACUCUGGGGUUACUGGGGAGGGUCCUGGGGGUGUCGCAGGAGUUGGGGGGUGUCCCCAAGUGUCCCCAGGUGUCCCCAAGUGUCCCCUGUGUCCCCAGAGUACGUGCUGCGGCACUGGCAGGAGGACGCGUUUUUCGGGGAGCAGUUCCUGAGCGGGGUGAACCCCGUCCUGCUGCGCCGCUGCCGCCGCCUGCCCCCCAACUUCCCCGUCAGCGAGGCCAUGGUGGCCCCCAGCCUGGGCCCGGGCACCUCCCUGCGCCGGGAGAUGGAGGCAGGGAACAUCUACCUGGCCGAUUAUGGGCUGUCCCAGGAGCCGGGUCCCUCCGCGCCCGUGUUCGUGCCGCAGGACCCGCCGUGGCUCUGGGCGCUGGCCAAGGAGCCGGGUCCCUCCGCGCCGGUGUUCGUGCCGCAGGACCCGCCGUGGCUCUGGGCGCUGGCCAAGGCNGUGUUCGUGCCGCAGGACCCGCCGUGGCUCUGGGCGCUGGCCAAGGCCUGGGUGCGCAGCGCCGAGUUCCAGGUGCACGAGGGGCUGACGCACCUGCUGCGCGCCCACCUGCUGGGAGAGGUGUUCGCCCUGGCCACGCUGCGCCGGCUGCCCCCGCAGCACCCGCUCUUCAAGGCGGUGGCGCUGGGCCGGCGCGGGCUGCUGGCGCUGGUGGCGCGGGGGCUGCGGGCGCUGCGCUGGCGCUCGCUGGUGCUGCCGCGGGACCUGCGGCACCGCGGGGUGGCGGCCACCGAGCGCCACCACUUCGGCCGCGACGCCACCGAGGUGUGGCGGGCCAUCCGCAGGUUUGUCACCUCGCUGCUGUCCCUCUAUUACCCGUCCGACGGCUCCGUCCAGCAGGACCCGGAGCUCCAGGCCUGGGUGGGAGAAAUCUUCAGGAGAGGAUUCCUGGCCCGGCGGCGCUCAG